GGUGACCUGACCGUCUCCUGUUACGUCACAGUGUUUCCGGUCUGUUCCACGAUCAGCUGAUCGUCAGUUUUCUCACUUUGCUCAAACUUGUAAACACUGCAGCUUCCGGAUGCACGCGCUGCGGAGGUUCCACCUGUGGGGGUUUCGAACCCGGAGACAUUUCCACUUGACAGCCCCUGCAUUGACCUUUGACCUGAGAAAAGUUGAACUGACGCCUCUGGAGCAGCGAAAGCUCACGUUCGAUUCCCACACCAUGGUGACAGAGCUGGAGCAGAGCGGUUUUGAGAAGCGUCAGGCCGAGCUGGUCGUCUCCGCGCUGGUGACUCUGACCACGGCCAACAUCGACAUCGUUUACAGAGACAUGGUGACCAAGUCCCACCAGGAAAUCGCUCUGCAGCAGAUUGUGGCUCAUCUGGACUCCAUCAGGAAGGACAUGGUGAUCCUGGAGAAGAGCGAGUUCGCCAACCUGCGGUCUGAAAACAUGAAAAUGAAGCGCGAGCUGGAGCAGCUGUGGAACCGACUGAAGGAGGAGACGCAGAGAGUCCGAGCUGAAAGCAAACUGGACAUCAACCUGGAGAGCAGCAGGAUGUCCGACAUGUUCACUGAACAGGAGAAGAAACUGAUGGAGACCACGUCAGAGUUCCAUCACAAGAAAGUCGACCUGGAAAACGACAACAUGGAGAUCAACAAGAAGAUCGACCUGCAGGUGGCGUCACUCAAAACUCUGCUGGAGUCUCUGAAACUGGAGACGGUCACCUACCUGGCAGCGACCGUGUUCUCGUGUCUCGCCCUCGCUCUCGGUGUCUACAGACUGUGGAGGUGAAGACCUGGAGCUGGUUUAAUAAAGUGAAAGUACACAAACA